GCACACACCCCGAUAUAGAAUGACAGCACAUUGCCACAAUUUAAAUGACACUGCCUCUGCCUCUGCGGCAGGACGGGUGCUGCAGAGAGCACCAGCCACAGCAGCUGUCCACCCUCACAGAACAUCUUCAUCAUGGCCUAUAAAGCAGCACAUUUGGCCUUCAAGUCACGCUGGCACAAGACGGACGAAGAGCUCUGUCGGCACAGUAUGUCCUUUGUCUUGCACAAGGCGAUCCAAAAUGACUUCUUUAAGUGUUACCUUUACCUGCUGGAGAAGCUUCCCCUGGUGAAACUUUAUGCUUUGACAAGUCAAGUCAUCAACGGGGAGAUGCAGUUCUACGCCAGGGCCAAGCACUUCUACCGGGAUGUGCCAGCCACGGAAGAGGGAAUGAUGGGAGACUACAUCGAGCUCUCCAACACAGAUGUUGAAUCCUCCAGGGAAUUUCUCAGGAAGUUUGUUGGGGGGGUGGGGAAGGCCGGCACCAACCGCGCGCUGGACUGCGGCUCUGGGAUAGGCCGGAUCAGCAAGCACGUCCUGCUGCCGGUGUUCAAGAGCGUGGAGCUGGUGGAUAUGAUGGAGAAUUUCCUGGCCGAGGUCCCAAACUACCUGCAGGGCAAGGGGGACAGAGUAGAGAUGUAUUAUUGCAAGAGCCUCCAGGAAUUCACUCCAGCCCCACAGAGAUACGACGUCAUCUGGAUUCAGUGGGUUUCAGGGUAUCUGACAGAUAAAGAUCUCCUGGAGUUUCUCAUCCGGUGCCAGAAUGGCUUGAAGGAUAACGGUGUUAUCAUUCUCAAGGACAAUGUAGCCAGGGAGGGCUGCACCCUGGAUUGUCUGGACAGCAGCGUGAUCCGAGACCUGAACAUCCUGCACAGCCUCAUUGAAAUGAGCGGACUCACCAUCCUGCGAGAGGAGAGGCAGGAGGGCUUCCCGGAGCAGUGUGUCCCUGUGUGGAUGCUGGCCAUGCAGAAAGGCCCUGGCCAGUCCUAAUUGCCCAGGGGGACUGCAGAGACUGGGCUGUGGAUGAACCACUGCACUGGGAAGGAAGAAAGCAUCUAUUGGAACACUCCUAACCAUGCACUGCUACUACUGCAGCUCUAGGGCAGCAACUCCUAAAGGGUCAGGAGAGAAUUACAAUGGAGUCGGCUUCUCCAGGGAAUAGUCUGCUUCUAAAUCCUGCCUGCCUCAUCAUUCUUCCAAUUUUUAAAAGCCUUUCUAACAGCUCCUUGUUGGAUCUCUCUUUCAUUAAGGAGUCAACACUGGAUAAAACUUAACCAAUAGAAAAUAAUUAGGUGAAUGAAUGAAAUGAAUGAAAUGAAUUUUCUGUAGUUGCUAAUACAAUUUGGAGUGUUCUGUACAAGGUGUUAACAAAUAAGCCUGGUUUUUAGUAUGGCACUUAAAUCUUCUUGGAAUUUAAGAAGGAUGUGUUGGAUUACUGCAGCAGGAAAUUCAAAUAACUUCUUGGAAAACUGAACCCAAAUUUUGACUGUUCUCACAAUCUGUACUUCAAAAUAUUUAAACCAAAAAUCUAAGGGAAGUUUUAUCUUUUUAUUGGCAUCAGCUGUGCAGUUUAUUUAUUUUCUUUCAUUUCUGUCAAUUUGGACAAUAAACCAACCUGGUUAAUUUUCCUUUUUUAGGCACUACUUCAUCUUCCUGAUGUUUCUGCCACAGAACAAUAGCAGUACAUAAGGGAUUUCACACUCUGGGGGAGAACUUAGCUGACAAAUCUAUGCAUGUUUGCAUUGAAAUUUUGUGAAAAGUUUGCCCCACAAAUUGCAUUCUGGAAAAUAUUUUUUUUUCAAAAUGUUCACAGUGGAAACCACUUGAAAGCUUCUCUUUAUUAUUCAUACCACUGUGCCUUUCUUUCUUUCCCACAUUGGGAACAAGUCUGGCACCAUAUGCAGAGCUAAUGGGAUUUCAUGGGAUGUUAAUAGUAAGACUAUAAGAAGAACUAAUACAGUAUUGUAUUAAUUAACAGCUGUGCUAAACUGCAGAGGGUGUUAGUGCAACCAAAAGCUUCUGUGAUUUAUACUCAGACAACA